AUGAAGUCGAUUCUGAGGCCAGACAUAGCGAAUGUGAGGUUAUUUGGAUCCAGUAACUACGUGCUUAGAACAGCGACAGGGGAAGCAGUACCAGUACUAGGAGAGGUCAACCGAAAGGUUCAGCUUGGCGACCUGGAAUUCAGGCACGAUUUCCUAGUGGCGAAUAUUACUGACGAAUGCAUCAUCGGAAUGGAUUUCCUCAAAGCGCACGGCUUCUCACUCGACUUCAAAGAGCGACUCCUUAAGUGGCAGAACGUCGAAGUUCCGAUAGAAAUCACACACAUGGAAGCUAAAAAGCUGCGAGUGAUAAUAGACAGCAAUACGACCAUUUCACCGUUAUCGGAAAGUUUAAUAUCUGCAAAAAUAGACGGCAAUCCGCAAGGCCACAGGUUCUAUCUCGUGGAGCCAACGAAAACGCCAGCCGUCAAAAAUCUAAUGCUGGCAAGAAUACUGAUCAAACCACGCGACGACAAUGUAAUACCGAUAAGAGUCCUAAACACAUCGGAAAGGCCGGUAGCCAUAAAACAGGGUGACGUAAUCGGUCUCUGCGAACCAGUGGCAACGAUAACGAGGCUGGAAUCGAGUGAAAUGAAAGCUGAGGUGCCAUUGCGACGAGUAUCUACUGAGGUUCUGGAACCAAACCGGUUGUCAGCUGAAGGAGUGGACGAGUUUUCUGACGGCUUUGCCGAAAGCAGCGAUGAUCGCGGAAGGACGAAGCUGGUAACUCAUCGAAUCAACACUGGAGAUUCAAAGCCUAUCCGGUAG